AUGUAUUUAUAUUUUGCCAGAGAAAUAGCUGGUAUAAUCGAACAAACAUUUAUGAUCAUCUGUACAGUCGCCAUGGUCAUGAGCAUAAUAACGGUUCCGGUUUCCUGCAUUGCCUUCAACGGAGUUAGUAAGAAAAGUAAAACUCUUAUGCGGAUGUACGCAGUUGUGUUCCUAAUAACGGCCGUCUUGAAACUGAUUGCGGGCCUUUUCACGUUCUAUGUGUACCCCGAGGCCCAAUGUUAUAUGAAGCAACGAAUCAAACUUUUGUACAAUAGAACCUUUCAUUACAAUGAAAUGAUAAAUUUCAUCCAGGUAAAGUUUAAAUGCUGCGGCGACUUUUCUCUGGAAACGUGGGGCGCCCUUAAGCUUCCGGUCAGUUGCUGCCCACCUUCUAUCACAGGACCUUGCGUUCCCAACAAGGCGUACACCGUCGCCUGUUACGAUGCGAUAAGAGUGCAAACAAAAAAAAGAUUCAAAAUCAUCGGCUGGCUUUGCGUAUGCGCCUUUUGCUUGGAAGUGGUAUGCGCCGCCUUGGCCUGUGCAGUCAUAUGCAACAUUAAACCCAGGAUGAGACGCGCAAUUUCGAGACCACGGUCUUUUCGACCUGCCUGA